CAAAGGCCCCACGUGUUCCGACCCGCUAGGCCCCGCGCGGCUCGGAUCCGGCGGCGCUGUUUCGGUCGGGAGUGGGUGGGAGAGAAGCCGGGGCAGGGGAGGAGCCGCCGGAGCUGUCGGAGCCGUGACACCCAGGGCAGCUACACUCAGAGGCCACAAGGAAUGCUAGCGGAGCCCCUCAUCCCUUCCAGCUUCUCUUCCAAGCUGCCCCGUGGGGCUUGAUCCAGGAAGCUACUUCAGAAAGCUAUACCCUUUUUGUACUCUGUGUAUAUACUAUAUUGCAGUAGACAAUCAUUCCAAGGGUACAACAAGGUUUACUACAAUGUGAGGGACUCAGCCAUUGCAAAUUGUACAGAUGAGGCGGGGAUCCCAUCCUUUAUCAUCUCCUCAAAUGCUAAGGGAGCCUUGAGCAAAGCCAGCAGGAAGUCAUCUAGACAGGAAACGGGGUAUCCACACAGGCUGUGUUAAUGACAAAGCUGAAAACGGAGUAAAUGACUUCUGAAUUUACUGCCAUUGUGAAUUAUCUAUAGCAGCACCUCAGGUCAGCUUUAUUAUAUACGUGACUGUGUUAUUUCCCAUUAAAAGAUGGUUCAUCCGACUAUCUGAUUGGCACUGACUGUGUUCGUUGGAGGAAUUGCAUACAUCUAGUUGAACUCGGGCCGUCAAAUGAGAGCAGUUGCUCUCAUCAGGAUGGGUGUCAGGUUUGAUGUCCCUUCCUUUUCCUGCUUCAGGUGAAUUUCUGAUGUUCUGUCUUAAACUGAGGCAUAGAGCUUGACCUCCUUUAUUUAGGCCGGUAACUGCUCUGGGGUAGUUUUCCUGCAGGCUAAAAAGCCUAGCUUCAUGAUAGAGGUUAACCGACAUGCCCAUGAUGGCCAGGUGUAUGAAUCUGGUCUCUUAAAAAUCUGUAUUUGAGUCUGGGUGCAGUGGCUCACACCUGUAAUCCUAACACUUUGGGAGGCCAAAGCUGGCAGAUCACUUAAGCCCAGGUAUUUGAGACCAGCCUGGGCAACAUGGCAAGACCCCGUCUCUACAAAAAAUUUAAAAAUUAGCUGGGCAUGGUAGCAUGUGCUGUAGUCCCAGAUACUUAGGAGGCUGGGGUGGGAGGGUGGCCUGAACCUGGGAGGCAGAGAUUGCAGUGGGUUGUGAUCUUGCCACUGCACUCCAGUCUUAGCAACAGAGUAAAACCCUAUCUCAAAACUUAAAAAUCUGUAUUUGGCCCCUAGCCCUCCUCAGCUCUUGAGUAAAUCUCUCUCAGCAUCCUAGGCUGAUACAUUAUGGCCCAAAUAUUCAAUAGAGAUGCUGUAUAUCCUUGUUCCUCCAAAACCCCUCCUCAUCACCAUCAAAAAGCUGGUUCAGUUAAGAAUCAUCCCAAGACUCAACAUGAGCUGCUGUGACUUGUCCAAGAUGACACCUCUACAAUGUAGAGCAGGGGACAGAACACAGGUCACCCUUCCCCGAAGGCAGCUAUCGACUGUCUAACAUCACCCCCUAGGCCUUCCAUAUAUAACCAUCAAAAACAUUUUAGUUUAGAAUAAAGUGAAUUGUUAAAAUGUUUAUUUUUCAUUUUUGUGUUUACAUUUACUCUCAAUGACAUGUUUAUUCCCACCUAAUAUCUUGAGGCUAACCACAAAAUCUGCAGCGUUUCCAGGCAGAAGAUACUUGUGACUUCCCUAUACCACCCACUAUAUACUUGACCUCUUUCUCUUCCUGUCUUCCCUUUCUGUAUACCCUAUUGUCUUUCUUUGGAACCUAUUGUAACAAGUUUUGAGCCAUUUCUCCCCUCGCUACUCAAAUAUCACUUUUAUGAAGGGGGGUAAAAACAGGUGGCAAAAAUAUUUUACAGAAACAGUUUUAAACAUGUUUUGAAGCAUACUGGUCAUGUGUUAGAAGGCCAAAAGCCAGGGAAUUCAUUCUCUUUCAUUUAUUGUGCCGUCUAGGUUAAGUUUUCAUAGGACUUCUUGGUACACUGAGUUUGCCUCAGAUUGCCUCCUGCCGGUUACAGGGAGUGGAGAGGACUUUGAUAUAUUGGUAAUUAGAAGCAUUGCUGAUAUGGUCUUUGGUGGGAGAACGUGUGUUUAAGGUUCCUUCUCACCUGUAUUCCAACACUUUCAUUUAAUCCUAUUUCAUAAGUGCCUCCAAAGCAAGGAUUGUUUUUUUGGUUUAGCGUGGUUUCUUUGAUAUAACAAUAGACCAAGAUUUUCCUUAUGCCAUCUAUUUUUUGUAAUUAUGAUGAAAUAAAGAACUGUUUGCUUGUUUAUCAUUUAAAUCUUGCCUUCUUCCCGAAAGGAUUUCAAAUAGCUUGAAGGAAAAUGAAUAAAAUAUAUUGAGCCCCUACCCUAUGCCAGACUCUAUACUGAAGGAUUUCUAUAGGUUAUUUCAUUUACUCCUUGAAACAACCACAUGACAUAGGUAGUAUUAGCCGCACUUUUGAGGAUAAGACUGAGGCUUAGGGAAAUUGUGUUACAAGGCUAAUAAGUGAGGUCAGGGAUUCAAACCCAGCGCUCCAAGGCCACUAACUGUUAUGUGGAAAGCUUAGAUAAGCGCUUGUAUAUAGGACAAUUAAGAAUAAAAGAAUAUCUCCAUUAGAAGGAUUGUACUGGGCUAAUCUUUUGUUUUAAAGAAGAGCAGCAUUGGAAAAGAGCGGUUAACAGUUUUUAUUAGUCGAUUUCUAUUCUAGAACACUGAGAGGAGCUGUUGACAGGCCCUGGUUAGCCCCAGCAAGUAGUCAUAUUAAAAUUCCCAAAUUAUAGGCCUGCAUUAAGGCAUAAAAUAAGAAUGGGGACUGGAAGGGAUAUAAAUAUCUGCUAAAUAUAAUAAUUUCAGUUCUAAUCACUAUUUUCUUCUGAAAAUUAUUUGCCAGUAAAUAGGCAGAUCACUGUCUCUCCUUUAGGUUGACAGUAUAUGACUACAGACUUUGUCAUUUAGGGUCCAGAAAGAUCACCCUAGCUAGUAGCAUUUUAAGGUAGAGAACUAGAUAUUCUUUCAUUGCCUGUGGUUCUCUGUUCUUGUAAGAGAAUUGAGCUUGGGUCUUCACUGCCAUGUGACACCUUCAGAUAAGGGGCAGAGACAGCUGGCCUGAGGAUUGUACAAAGGUCUUACCUUGAUAGCUCCUCUCCAAUCCUGUGCAUCCUAGGAACACUCAAGACACUAGGUUGUAUCUUUGCAGGUAUUUUGCAGAUAUUGUUUUAGUGUCUUCUGGAACCAAGUCUCUUACUUAAUCCUGGCCUGGUUUCAUAUUCUCUCUAUUGUAUUCUCUCUCUAGUUUUUAUCUUACUCUGGAACUCUUCCAAGGACAGACAUUGAAGAAAGGUAUUAGAAUAGCAAAGGCAACAAAUUGCAAGGUAUACUUGUGGCAUAGCACAUCCCAUUAAUUAUAGAAUAAAAACACAACAUCUGUUUUCUGCCUCUAAUAUUAAAUCUUGACAUUUGCACAACAUAUUUUAGUUCAUAAAGCUCUCGCAUCUCAGAUAAUCACAGAGUUAGGAGACUGGUUAUCUGAAGAGCCCCUGUUAUCCUUUACAGGGGCUCUUGUGUAUGUUACUUCACGAAGCCCUCAGGGAAGCUCCAGUUUCUUGGGGAUCUGGGGCCGGAACGUACGUCUUUGGAUACCCAGUUUGGUGCUGUGUACAACACUGCUGUACCUCCUAUUCAUUUCCCAUCUGUUACCCCACAAAGACUCCUUCCUUCAUUCCUUCGAUUGCUGAUCUGUUUUCCUUCAUCUUCCUAGGCUGCCAAAGUAAAUGCAAAACAAGCACCAGAAAUCUCAGCUUGUGAUUUCUGAAGGGCAUUUUUAAAUGGCAAGUUUGGUGUGGCACUGUUAUAUGUUCUUUUUUCUUUGGAGAGCAAAGCCCUUUGAGAGAGCAGGAACUCUUCUAUCAAUGCAUACGUUGUAGUAUCCAUACUGUGAAAUCUCUUGUACCUAGUGCUGCGUGAAAGCGAUGAGGAUUCCAAGUCUACUUCACUGGACGUCGGUUCUCAAACUUUUAAGAUACUAGAAGUCCUUUUAUUAAGCCAAAAGAAGCUAUGUAUGAAUUCUGUCUUCCAGGGGUAGGAGUUGGGGUGGGAGUUGGAAAGCUUUGUCUGGAUAAAUAAUCAGUAUUGUAGUUCCAUUUAUUUGAUGUCUGAUUUUGUGCUUAUUAAAAUUGAUUUAAAUCCUCAAUGGAAAAUGAUUUUUUUUUCAAAUGCCCAGUGUUGUGUGACUUGCAUUUGGAUUAUUCCCGGUGCAACCUGAAGAUUCCUUGUGAUGAGUUGUGGUUCCAUCACCUUGGGAACCACUAAGAGAAUUCUGUUUUACUCACAAUCCAAACAAUAAAUGUUUUUUUCCCUAUGUAUGCCUUUAUCCAGCACACAGUUUGCUAGACUUAUGGAUGAAUAUGGGUUAAUAUGACAUGGUAUCUAUCCUUCUGGAAACAGACUUUUAAAACCUUACUAAGUAUUCUCUGCAUUCAUCAAAUGUGAAGUGAGUGCCUGGUGUGUGCCAGGCAUCGAGCUGGGCACAGCAUAUCCCUGCCCUCAGAGCUUUACAGUCCAGUGAGUUCAACAGAAGAUGAACAAUUUUGAUGACACAAAAAAUAGAUGCUUUGAUAGGGGGAGAUACAAGUUCCUGUGGAAGCAUCAUCUGGGAGGACCAGGGAAGGCAUCUUGGAAAAACUGAGAUCUGAAAGAUGGAUAGAGUUAACCACAUGAAGAGUGGAGAAGGGUACUUCAGACAAGGUGAACAGCAUCAGGAAAGCCCAGGGAGGGUAUAGAAAAGAAAGAACAGUAAUUCUUGCAGUGGCUUUCAAUGGGAGUGGCAGUCGUGGAAGGAAGGAGAGGUAGCAGGGACCAGGUUUUGAAGGGCUUUGUGUAUCACAUUUUAAGAAGCUUAAAUUUUAACCUAAGGUCACUGGGAAGCCAUUGGCAGAUUUUGUAUGUUAGAAAGUUCACCACUCACCUACUUGGAGUAUUGCAGGUAGAGCUAAUGUGGAUGGGCCUCCUGCCCAUUAUUAAAUCCUGUUCCUGUCAGGAACAGGACAGCCCAUGCUGUCUCUCCCUGUGUGUCUGUCUCUCUCUCUUUCUCUCUCAAAAGCUAAAGGAAAGCACAUAGGUUCCAGAAGGAAAAAGAAAUAACCACUAGAAAAAUAAGUAUAAGCUGACUUUACCAUGGCCCAGUGAGAUUCCAAACCAAAAUAGGGUUUCUAGGGUUUGAGCUUUUAAUACUGGUACUCCAACAGGGAGAUAGGACUUGGGAAGCUGACGCUGUGUGAAAGUUAUAGAAUUAAGCAGCCUGCAAACCUGGACCUUUGAAAAUCUUCCUCCUGACCCAGGAAUAGCGCAAGGAAGUAGGUUCUCCAGAACCUUGGGUAGGCCAAACAUUACUUGAAGGCAUCGGUCUAAAUAAUACACAAAAACAUUAUUCAGGAAUACCCUGAGAAAUUAACAUAAAAACUGAUUUGGUGCCAGUGGUGAGCCACUGGCAUGGUGGCUCAGCCUUUGGUAACAGUGCUUUGGGAGGCCAAGGUUGGAAAAUCACUGAGGCCAGGAGUCCCAGGCUGUAGUGAGCUGUGAUUGCACUACUGCACUCCAGCCUGGGCAACAGAGGGAGAGUCUUAAAAAAGCAAACUGUCCAAGAUCAUUGAAACCAUUAGCACUUAGGAAGAAACAAAUGAAAUUACAUUCAAGGGGCUCACAUUUAAAUCCAGGGCUCUCAGGACUCCCAAAGUAAAAAGAUGGGCAUAAAAUAAAAAGUUACAAGCCACUUAAGAAAAAAAUAAAUCAUCAUGAGGUAGAGAUAGCAGAGGAAAAAUUACACAUGAAGAUCUAGGAAUUAGGGAGCUAUCCAAAAUAGACUGUGAAAGUAUGUUGCAAGUGACUGAGGGUAAUGAAAAAAAUGUCAUAAGAGCAUGAAUUAAAAGGGUUUUGAGAAAGAAUGAAGAUAAUGUGGUCAUUGACUAUAAACUAAUUUGAUGGGCAACAACAGAUGAGACACAGCUAUUAAGAAUGGAUCGAUAACCUUGAAUGUGGAUGUGAGGCAAUUGCAGUAUAGCACAAAAAGAUUGAGAAAUGAUGGAGCCCUUAAGCUGCUUGUGGACACUGGUCUGGAGGGGGCAGGACCAAGAAAACCAGUCAUGGAGGUUGAACUAAGUCAUCUCUCCAGUGUAUCAGUGCCUGUUACGUGCCAGUGCUGUUUAGGAGCAGAGGAUAUUGUAAUUUUUUUUAAAGUUCCUAUGAAUACCUUCUAGUGGGUCAUAAUGGCUCAACCGGGGGAAUGGCAGUAGAGAUGAAGAGAUGGAUGGAUUCGAAAGACUUUUUUUAGAAGUUGGAAUUAACAGGAUAUGGUGAAUAAUCAAAAGAUAGUAAAAGCAUAAUGGAGGAAACAAUGGUUCUUCCUGUUACCAUAGGAAGAAGCUUUGGAGUAGAGUUUUGUUCAGUUUAAAUGCAUUUAUUGUGCACUUUAUUAUAGGUAUUGGAGAUUGAUGGAAAACAGUCCCUGACUUCAAAGAGUUUCACAGGAAAGAUAAGCGAUGGCUAUGUAAUAGGACCGAUACUGGGAUAGAGAGGUGCCCAGGUCGCUACGGGAGGACUUAGGUGAUUUCUAACCAUGUCUAAGAGUAGGGGAAAUGGGAUCAAAGAAAACAUCUCAGAAGACAUGAAGCCUGAGCUUAUGUCUUGAAAAAUUUAAAGUUUAACCUAACCAAGGAUAAAGAAUCAGAAGAAACAGCAUAUUCAAAAGCUAAAGAACACAGGACUCUUGUGUGCUUUGCAUGUACACACGUGUGUGUGUGUGUGUGUGUGUGUGUGUCUGAAAGGAUUGGAGAGGAGAGCGAAGAGAAUAACAAGAUGAACAUCAACCUAAUGUAGAAUGUUUGAAGUUUGUAUUUCACUUAACAAGACAGCGGGGAGUGAUGGAAGGAUCUUAGAUAGGAAAGGGACAUGAGCACAUUUGCCAAGAGAGCUCGUUCUGGUCAUAGUGGGAACGUGAAGGUGACAAAUCUGGAGGCAGGUAGCUCACAUUUGGAGGCAGCUGCAGUCAUCCAGAUGAGAAGUGAGAGGGACCUAAGCUGUAAAUUGUGGGAAUAAAGACAAGACCUGUUAAAAAGAAAGAUACACCAUGUAGCGUGGAAAGGGGAAGGGUGGAGAGUAGUCUAUGCAGAAGGAACAACCUUCAAAAAGACAUGGAGGACUGAAAAGGCACCCUAUUGUAGGGAGAUCAGCAGUGCAUUUUUUAUAACCAGGUGAUACAGGGAAAAGGUAGGAUCUGAAGCUUGAAAAAUAGAUUAGGGGCUGAUUGUAAAGAGCUUCGUGUCAUUCCCAGGAUUUUGGAACUGAUUUUACUAACAUGAAAAAGGUUUUGUUUUAAAAUACUGAGUAAUAUAGUUGGAACUAUAAUUUAGAAAGAUAAUAGCUGGUGCCAUCACUCUUCUAAGCAAAGAUAGUAAUACAUUUAAUGCUCAUAGGCUUUAGUAAUGCAUUUAAUCUUUAUAGUAAGCCUAUUAGAUGAAAACCAUUAUUAUCUCCCUUCUGUAGACAGAGAAACCGGCAUAAGGAGAAUGAGAACUUGCCUAUGGUCCCACUCUGGAAAUACCUAGUAAGCGACAGAGCCAGGAUUCAAACCCAGGCAGCUUGACUCCAGAACUUUCGCUCAUAACCUUACACAUCUCCCUCAUGGUUGGUGUUUCUCAACCAUGGGUACACAUUCGAACUGCAUGUAGCAUCUCUAAACAUAAAGUUACCUGGAUUGACUGAAUCAGAGUGUCUGAAAAAUGAUGUGUGAUACUAUGUUUUGCAAAACCUCCACAGGGCCCUUGGAAGAAAAUCCUUGCUGUGUCCAGGCUGAGGCUGGGGACUAAUGACAGUGUGAGCUCUAGAUGGUGUGAGACCACCCCAAAGCCAAGAAAUGGCUACAGCCGUGGAACCAGAGGACCAGGAUCUUUGGGAAGAAGAGGGAAUUCUGAUGGUGAAACUGGAAGAUGAUUUCACCUGUCGGCCAGAGUCUGUCUUACAGAGGGAUGACCCAGUGCUGGAAACCUCCCACCAGAACUUCCGACGCUUCCGCUACCAGGAAGCAGCAAGCCCUAGAGAAGCUCUCAUCAGACUCCGAGAACUUUGUCACCAGUGGCUGAGACCAGAGAGGCGGACAAAGGAGCAGAUCCUAGAGCUGCUUGUGCUGGAACAAUUUCUUACCGUCCUACCUGGAGAACUACAGAGCUGGGUGCGGGGCCAACGGCCAGAAAGUGGCGAGGAGGCAGUGACGCUGGUGGAGGGUUUGCAGAAACAACCCAGGAGACCAAGGCGGUGGGUGACUGUCCAUGUUCACGGCCAGGAAGUCCUGUCAGAGGAGACGGUGCAUUUAGGAGCGGAGCCUGAGUCACCUAGUGAGCUGCAGGAUCCUGUGCAAAGCUCGACCCCCGAGCAGUCUCCUGAGGAAACCACACAGAGCCCAGAUCUGGGGGCACCGGCAGAGCAGCGUCCACACCAGGAAGAAGAGCUCCAGACCCUGCAGGAGAGCGAGGUCCCAGUGCCCCAGGACCCAGGCCUUCCUGCAGAGAGGAGCUCUGGAGACUCAGAGAUGGUUGCUCUUCUUACUGCUCUAUCACAGGGACUGGUAACGUUCAAGGAUGUGGCUGUAUGCUUUUCCCAGGACCAGUGGAGUGAUCUGGACCCAACACAGAAAGAGUUCUAUGGAGAAUAUGUCUUGGAAGAAGACUGUGGAAUUGUAGUCUCUCUGUCAUUUCCAAUCCCCAGACCUGAUGAGAUCUCCCAGGUUAGAGAGGAAGAGCCUUGGGUCCCAGAUAUCCAAGAGCCUCAGGAGACUCAAGAGCCAGAAAUCCUGAGUUUUACCUACACAGGAGAUAGGAGUAAAGAUGAGGAAGAGUGUCUGGAGCAGGAAGAUCUGAGUUUGGAGGAUAUACACAGGCCUGUUUUGGGAGAACCAGAAAUUCACCAGACUCCAGAUUGGGAAAUAGUCUUUGAGGACAAUCCAGGUAGACUUAAUGAAAGAAGAUUUGGUACUAAUAUUUCUCAAGUGAAUAGUUUUGUGAACCUUCGGGAAACUACACCCGUCCACCCCCUGUUAGGGAGGCAUCAUGACUGUUCUGUGUGUGGAAAGAGCUUCACUUGUAACUCUCACCUUGUUAGACACCUGAGGACUCACACAGGAGAGAAACCCUAUAAAUGUACGGAAUGUGGAAAAAGUUACACACGAAGCUCACAUCUUGCAAGGCAUCAAAAGGUUCACAAGAUGAACACGCCUUAUAAAUAUCCCCUAAACCGGAAGAAUUUGGAAGAGACCUCCCCUUUGACCCAGGCUGAGAGAACUCCAUCAGUGGAGAAACCCUAUAGAUGUGAUGAUUGCGGAAAACACUUCCGCUGGACUUCAGACCUUGUCAGGCAUCAGAGGACACAUACUGGAGAAAAACCCUUCUUUUGUACUAUUUGUGGCAAAAGCUUCAGCCAGAAAUCUGUGUUAACAACACACCAAAGAAUCCACCUGGGAGGCAAACCCUACUUGUGUGGAGAGUGUGGUGAGGACUUCAGUGAACACAGGCGGUACCUGGCGCACCGGAAGACGCACGCUGCUGAGGAACUCUACCUCUGCAGCGAGUGCGGGCGCUGCUUCACCCACAGCGCAGCGUUCGCCAAGCACUUGAGAGGACAUGCCUCAGUGAGGCCCUGCCGAUGCAACGAAUGUGGGAAGAGCUUCAGUCGCAGGGACCACCUCGUCAGGCAUCAGAGAACACACACUGGGGAGAAACCAUUCACGUGCCCUACCUGUGGAAAAAGCUUCAGCAGAGGAUAUCACUUAAUUAGGCAUCAGAGGACCCACUCAGAAAAGACCUCCUAGCUAGGUCCCCAUGUGAGGAGAUCUGCUUUCAGCCCUCACCUAAAGGAGGUGAGGAAGAGGAAAAGCCCUCUUGUCAGCCUGGGAAGACCUUUUCGAGGGAGUCUCCCUGACCUGCCCAGAUCUGACAUCACCUCUUCCUGCAACUAAAUACAAUCCUGGGCAGAACCUCUCAGCCUUCUUCUACGCCUUGAGGGGAUGUUUCAUCCAAAGUACAACCUGAAUUGAGGCUUCUCCUUCACUGGAGUGCGCCUGCCUCUACCUCAUAGGUAUAAAGUAGGAGAAUUAAGAGACUUAAGAGGUUGUGGUUACUAUAUCGUCCAAAAAAUAGGCUGUUACAUAUCCUAAAGACUGCUCAACAGCUUCAAGUUGAAAGUGGCCAAGGACAGCCCCUUAGGUUUGGGAAGGGACAAGCCUGAAGGAUUCUGUCUUUAGUGGGGUCAAAUCUUCAAGCACACAGCUCUGAACUCAAGACAGGAGGUUUGCGUCCUGAUGGCUUUGCCACACAUUCACAGGAUAACUGUAUAGAUCCCUCGCUGUCUGAUUCACUUCUUACCAUGCACUUUCCUUUGAUGCUGAGGAGAAAUGGAAGUGGGCAAAAAAUCUCAAGGCUACUUCGUGUGGACCUUGUCAAGCUGCUCCCUCCCCCAGUGUCAAAUUGUUAUCAGGUGCCAAACACUGCUAGAAAGGAGGGCCUAGUCAGAAGCCUCUUUCCAUACAAGUUUUGGUUUUGUUUUUAAUAUUUUUUUCUAUUAAAAUACUCAUGCAUUUAACCUUCCCAUUAUUCAGCCAGUCUCUUGGUUUCAUCCCUAGCGCUUCUACUACAAGUGAGAUGGUAGCAUUUGAGUGCUUAUUGAGUAAAGCAUAAUUCGGUCAUAAUGAAAUCAUUCACAUUCCCUCAUAUGCACAAGCCCACCAACCCCUUCACACCCCCCUUCACAGGGGUCAUGUGAGUAACGGGAUUUGGAAACUGUCAACUUACAAAGGCACUAUAACAAUUACAGAACCAUGAUUGCCAUGGGCCACUUUAUUUACGUGAAGACAACUGGAGAACGACUAAGACCAAAUUAUGGAAAAUAAGAAAAAGCUGUUGCCGGCAAGACCAUCAAGACUAUUCUGACACCCUGUCCCCAUCAUCCCUGACUGCGUACUCUGACAUCAUGGAAAGUGUUGAACCUGGGACCCUGAGGAAUUCACCAGGAGUAAAUGGCUUUCAUGUAUUUGUGUUGUUUGCUUUUUCUUACGUGAUUUUAUGUUCAUAGAACUAAAAAGUAGCAUCUCAUGAUGGCCCAA